UCGGGCCAACUAUGAGGAGGUGGAUCAGCAGCGGUGGGGUGUUUUGUGGAUUACAAGCAUGGCGACCAAAUUGACCAUGUGAGAUUUGCUGAGUACAAUAAUUUACAAAAAAAACUAUAGGAGAGAUGACACCGACUAAGAAGACCCCAAGCGUGAAGGUGGAGGUGUCUUGCUAUUGUAUAUUAUGUCGUAAGGUCUACCUGAAAAAUGACGCGCACAAGCACAUGCAGAGCAUGCUACACCACCGAGAGCUUGAGAAUGUGAAGGGCGGGGAUUGUAGGCACUGGUGCAAAGUGUGCAACGUGUUCUCUCAGGGUUUGACUGAGUACGCCGAGCACAUCUCCACCCAGUCGCACGGAGACAAGAUCAAGAACCCGCCACGGAAGACCAAGCCUAUGUAUGUGGAACAAGACCUCGACGCAGAGCUGCUCUCCAAAGUCAGGGAAAGGAACAAAGAACUGCAUAAGAUGGAGAAAAAGAAAAAGAGGAAGAAAAGGAAACUAAAUCUAAAAAUGGAAGCGCAGCAAAACCCGGAAAAGCAGAAAGCUCCCACACGGAAAUGUCCCAAGCAGCCAAAGGGACAAGCACUGAAAUGGAGACCGCAAGUAGCAAAACUAAAAGUAGCUAAAUCGAAAACACCAAAAAACCUGCCCAAAGAGAAGAAACCCCAGCAGAAGACAUUAUCACAGCCGCUCAGUGGUAAGAUGGUGCAAAACAAGGAGAACAGGCUCGCCUGUAAACUCAAGUGUCUGCCCCCCAGUCAGCCAGCCACACCGCAGGGGCAGAGUGGAGCUCAGCCUCCCUGGCCAGAGUUUAGGGGACCCCCAGGUGGAACAUGCCACCCCUAUAGUGAACAACACACCCUGUCCACAUUGUCCCAGCCCCAUCAAGUUGGCAGUGAUGACAAUCCUCCAAUUUCUGGCAGUCCUGACGUCCAGGGCCUGGGCACUAGUGUCAGAGGAAGAGGCUUCAAAGCUAGCAGGCCCAAUACAUUUAAUAAGAGCCUUAGAGGAGCCGGAGUAAAUCCUGUGACGCCACCACCAGGCCAGCUGAGGUGGCCUAAAAGCAGCCAGUUGGGUUACGAGUUCUAUGGGCAGGCACCCAGUAGGCCCACCCCCAGAAAGACCCAGGAUAUGGACUUCACUAGUGAUCACCUACCUUCAAAAGGAGCAAUCAUUUUCAGCCCAGGGGAGGGACUUCCUGGUAGUUCCACUGCCCCCGUCUCUACCUCCAGCUCGGGUCCCUCUGGUCAGGGUGACAAGGGCCGGAUACGGAGCGUGGACGUCACUGUGAUGCUGCGUCAGGUCCGGAGAGCCCUGAGGAUGAGGGAGCCACCAAGAGCCUCUUCCGUCACCCCGACUCUCGCCACAACUCGGGGCCAUCGCGGGGGGGCGGAGGUUGAGGCCGAGGAGAGCCUAACCAGAAGGACACAGAGGACCAAGUGCGGAGAGGCAGCCACACUUUCCAGCUCCGCAGUCAGCCAGUUCACCAGCCUCCCCGCCACCACCACCUCCCUGCAGUCCCCACAGGUUAGCACUACCAGAUCUGUGGCUUCAAGUGAAACUUGGCCUCUCCCUGGCAACGAAGCUAAACGAGGAUCAAACCGAUACCCCAAGGUAAAGGAAAACAGUAACUCACAACCGACUAAGGAAGGUGCGGGAUUGGCUUCAGACACAUACGGUCCGGGUAGCAGCCAAACCAAUCCCCAGGAAUGUUCAACUGUGCCCCGACUGAGCACCCUUCCACGACCCACCUCCCUGAAGAGGGACUUGACCCGACGUAUCAGCAAACCUGGAGCCCACGAGCCUAACCUGAAUGCAGCUCGCCGGAUACGGAAGGGCGAGGGAGAGAAGGAGAUGGGGACAGGGGCGGGGCUCAAACCCACACUGAAGAAGCUGCUCAGCUCAGCGGGGUCACAGAGGAAGGUCAACUGGAGGGAGAUGUACCAGGAGGCCAACCGGAAGAAGCAGGAGAAAGUCAAAGGCAUGCCCAGGUUUGGCAUUGAACUGGUGAACCCCCUCUCUGACCCAGAGGGCCUGGCCCUGGAUGAAGACGAGGACCUCCCCCUAACAGAGGGCUUCCAAUGGGAGUCUGCCUUCCCCGACGGAGCGCCGCCCCCUGCAGCCCUACCCACUCCCUCUCUCCCACAGGCAAUGCCUGCUAGUGAUGUCAUCAGAGAGCAACCGUCAGAGGCUCGGACACUGGGAUCGGAGCAGCCUAGCACUGCACUGCGGGGUAGCAAGUCAUCCCGAGCCCCUCAGUCUUCAUGUGUGAAGACUGAACCAGAGCAGUACAGGGAGGCAGGAGUGGACAGUGAACAGAGCCAGUUGAAUACAAAGAGGAAAAAGAAGAAGCGGAAAGUGGAUAGUGACUUGUUAGACACCUCUGGUGUGGAUCAGAGUGGGAAAAAGCAAAAGGUUAAGUCAAACAGCGAGAAUGUCCAGGUGGACCAGCUGCUAGCCGUGUCUCUGAUGGAGGAGGAGCUGAGCGGCUCCCUACAUAGCCUGGACACCUCCCUGAUCCAGGCCCGCAACACCCUGCAGGUCGCCUACACAGAGGUGCAGCGCCUCCUACUGGUCAAACAGCAGGUUACCACAGAGAUUAACGGUCUCCGAGCCAAGCGUAUUGAGAUCCUGCAGGGGAUGCAAGGGGCAGUGGCAGCGGCUACGGUGCCUACCCACCACCCCUCACUCCUUCCUCUGUCCAACCUCUGUAUCCCCUCCCCCACUGGGCCCACAUCUGCGGCACCCUUGUCGCCCUAUCCCAAUUUGACCCCGGCUUACCCCUCUACCUCCUCUGCCAUACCCAUCCUAAACCCCACCCCCUCCACCUCAGUGAACCUGCCUGUCAAAGAAGAGCCUGUCUCUCUCAACAGCCAGUUUCGCGCCACCCCCUCACGCAGUCCUGUCAUUUCCUAUCCCCUCGUGAACCCUCCCUCCACCACCCCUGUCGUCGUUCCCUCACCUCUACCCAUCCCCAUAACCGCCAAAUCCCCUUCCACCACAGUGGCCCUUCCUGCUACUACACCACCUGCUGUUGCGACACUCGGCCAGCAGAGGGUGGUGGGUAGCUCCAUCUCAGUGUCCUCCAGCACCAAGAAGCUGAGAAGGCAAAAGAAGCAGAGCAAGGAGAAGGCAACCAGGAUGACCAAGUCAAAGCGGGAAGACAUUCAAGACCAGAGUUCAACCGCCAGUUCCACCACCAGUGACUCUGAGGACUGGGAGGACCAAGAGGGGCUCACCCUCACUUCUGUCCACCUCACACAGGGGCGGAAAGACCCUCUAUUGGGGCAGGAGAAGGACGGGGGUAAAGGGGGUGACGAAGGAGACAGCGACUGCUACGUUGAGACAGUCACUGUAGAGCGCCAGCCGAGAUCCAACAUGGACGUCGUCGCCAUCGAUGACUCGGACGUCGAGGAGGAGCCGGAGGCCAUUGUUCCACACACCCCUGCUCCCGCACAGCUCCCCUCCACCCCUCCUGCCCCACCUAGGUCUGUGUGUGUGGAGGUGAACUCUAGCGGUACCCAGACAGUCGUGGUAAAGGAGGACCGUAAGGACGUCAAACUAACAGACACCAGCUACGGCAAAAUGAAGUUACGCCCUGUAACUGUGAAAGAGAAACCUAGUCCCCCAAAGUGUGCCGACGUGGCUGAGGAGCAGGAGCCGUCUCUGGGGAGCUUCGAGGGCCACACUGGCACCGUCCAUGACCUCCAGAUCCACGGGGGCUUCUUGUAUACAUGUUCAGGGGAUAACACAGCACGAGCAUAUUGCCUAGUGAGCAAAGCGUGCCAAGCGGUGUUUGAGGGCCACACCAACAAGAUCAACUGCCUGCUGGUGUCAUCUCUGCCCGGCCUGCCAGCACGUCUCUACACCGGCUCCAGUGACCUCACCAUCCGCUGCUUCAGCAUCAAGUCAAAGAAGUGCCUUGAGCAGAUCUCUCUGUCCGACCGGGUGCUGUGUCUGCACAUUCACUGGAACAUCCUGUACGUAGGCCUGGCAAAUGGAUCUGUGGUCAGCUUUGAGGUCAAGACCCAGAGGCAGCUGGAUGUGUUCGAGUGCCACGGCCCACGGGGGGUGAGCUGCCUGGGCACAUCCCAGGAGGGAGCGCGGCGGGUGCUGCUAGUGGGCUCUUACGACAGCACCAUCAGCGUACGUGACGCCAAGAGCGGUCUGCUGCUGCGCUCACUGCAGGGCCACACCAAGACCGUCCUCUGUAUGAAGGUGGUGAAUGACCUGGUCUUCAGCGGCUCCAGUGAUACGGCUGUACACGCCCACAACAUCCACACGGGUGAGCUGGUCCGUAUCUAUAAGGGUCACAGCCAUGCAGUCACAGCGUUAGCCAUCUUAGGGAAGGUUAUGGUGACAGCCUGCCUGGACAAGUUGGUGCGCGUCUACGAGUUACAGUCCCACGACCGGCUGCAGGUGUACGGGGGCCACCAUGACAUGGUGAUGUGUAUGGCCAUCCAUAAGAGCGUGAUCUACACAGGCUGCUACGACGGGACCGUCCAGGCCGUGAAACUCAACUUGAUGCAAAACUACCGCUGCUGGUGGCACGGUUGCUCGCUGAUUUUUGGCAUGGGGGAGCACCUCUUGCAGCACCUGCUCACCGUCCACAGCAACCCGCACCUGCAGACCUUCAAGUGUCGCUGGAGGAACUGCGACGCCGCCUUCGCCAACCAAGACUCCUCCCACCUGGACCUGCCUAGCCACAUGCAGAAACACGUAGAGAUGGACAGCAAGCUGAAGACAUGACAGUAGAGAAGACAUGCUGUUUCUCCAGUGCUUACUCCUGCGGAUGUGUGGUGCUGAGUUGACACUGGUCUCUCACCAUUUAGAAUCAAUGGCUCCAUACAUGGAGCUAGGCUGGAAUUCUGGCAUUCAUUCUUCUUGGAUAGUAGGAGUUGGGCCCCCAUUCAGUAGGCAAAUGUUGAGGAGGGAAGGAGAUAGAACUGAACUGUUUUCUUGUUCAGAGUAAUUUCUCACUUUGUUCAUCCUUUAACCCCCUGCUCUUCCCUGGUAAGAGGACACCAGUACGACUGAAGGUUGUGACAUGAUUUUAAUGGACCUUAGUUGAUGGCAUGAUUUUUCAUGUGCGGAUGAACAUAAUUACAAAUAAUUUGUGGACUGCAAAUUGACCGCAAGAAGCCCAAACGAAUAUAUUUGACUAAAACAUUGUAAUUUCAAACCUGGCUUACAUUUGUAUGUGAUCACAUAUAUCUCUAUUAUGCCUGGGAAUAUUGUGGGACAGAUUUCCAAAAUUUAAACUUGGAGCUGAUUGGCUGGUGUUUUAACAGUCUUAUGGUCAACAAUUGAAAAUUAGUAAUUUUCCGAACUUGGGGUGGCUAAAUAAAAUCAGUGCUAGUUUGGGAACCCUGGAUUACACCAUUCUACAAGGCUGUGGCUCAACUUCAGCAAUUGUAUUGGAACACUGGCUAAAUAGCCCAUACUGGACACAGACAUACACACACACACACUAACACACAGCGUAUAGAUUAUCAUUGCAUAACCACACUGUAACUGAUCUGUUGACAUGGGCUGGUCAUACAUAGCUACUAUACACAGUCUUGUGUGGGGACUUCUAUUUCAUACAUACAUUCACACAUCUAUGGUAUGUACUGGUUACUGCCAAAGUAAAGGAAACACUCGAGUAAAUGAGGGAUUCAAAGUAUAGUGAAAGCAGGUGCUUCCACACAGGAAUAGUUCCUGAGUUAUUUAAGCAAUUAACAUCCCAGCAUGGUUAUUUGGGCUGCCUAGUCUAGAAGAAGCGAUCUCAGUGACUUUGAAAGAGGGGACUCAAAUGAGCAUAGGGGGUUUAAAGGGUCUCAGUCACCAGAUCUCAGCGCAAUUUAACACUUCUGGGAGAUUCUGGAGUGGCGACUGAGACAGUGUUUUCCACCACCAACAACGAAACACCAAAUGGUGGAAUUUCUUGUGGAAGAAUGGAGCAUCCCUCCAAUAGAGUUCCAGACACUUGUAGAAACUAUGCUAAAGUGCUUUGAAGCUGUUCUGGCUCAUAGUGGUCCAACGCCCUAUUAAGACAAUUUUAUGUUGGUGUUUCCUUUAUUUUGAUAGUUACCUGUAUGUAUUGAUAUGCUGAGCGUGCACACACGUGUACAGCAACAAUAGGAACAUGUUUUAUUAAUUCAGAAAAAUGCAUUUGGUUUUAUUCUGUUGGGAAGGAUAAUUUUUCCCGUUUCAGUGGUCUAAGACAGAGGCCAAUGCUUACUUUAAAAGCACGGACAUAAGGAUGAUUGACAUACUGUUUUUUUAAUGGUUUUGGAUUUGCUGUGAUGUGAGAGACCAACUCCUAACACACACGUCUGUUUAGACAUGAUUUGUCAUGUUAUUUUCCAGUCUGUAUGGAAGUGGCUCACUAAAGCUGCAGUAAGUUACUUUUUAGGCCACCUGACCAAAUUCACAUAGAAAUGUGAGUUAUAGAUCUGUCAUUCUCAUUGAAAGCAAAUUUUAGAAGCAGUAGAUCUGUUCUAUGUGCGCAAUUUCUUUGCUUCCCAUUAAGUUCAGUUUUUGCAUCUUUUAUUUUAGGUUUUGUACACCAGCUUCAAACAUCUGAAUAUACAAUGUUUUUGGUUAUUGAAAAUAUAUUUCAGUGUUUUAAAUCAUACAAUGAUCCUCUACACUAUACAUUGCUUGUUUUGUCAAAAUAAACUUUAAUUAGGCCAACUAUUAAAACAUUUUGCAACCAGGAAA